AUGGCUCUGGAGGGUUUCAACGACCUCCUCCACAAACUGAGGGAAACCCACGACCGAGAGGUCCAUAGUGAGUAAUCAACCCUCCUACAGUGUCAGUGUUGCUGAUACUCUGAGAUAUGAGUGUGGUACCACACAAGACAACACUAUAGAAUGAAUAUUCUAACAUGAUCUAUCUAUUUAUCAAUCUAUCUACUCUCUCUCUCUCUCUCUCUCUCUCUCUCUCUCUCUCUCUCCUCUCUCUCUCUCUCCUCUCUCUCUCUCUCUCUCUCUCUCUCCUCUCUCUCUCUCUCUCUCUCUCUCUCUCUCUCUCUCUCUCUCUCUCUCUCUCUCUCUCUCUCUCUCUCUCUCUCUCUCUCUCUCUCUCUCUGUGUAGAAUGGCAUGAGACAUUUCAGGAGCUAACCAAUAAAAAGGGCUGGUGAGUAAAUGCUGAGUCCAUUUCAAAACACAUUGCUAAAGGGUUAUAUAUUGAUAUGUGGAAGAUGUAGUGGUACCAGGUGGUGAAGGUAGACAACAACACCUCUGUCACAUUUAUCCUCAACACGGGGGCCCCACAGGGGUGCGUGCUCAGCCCCCUCCUGCACUCCCAGCAUGGCCACGUACGUCUCUAACUCAAUCAUCAAGUUUGCUGAUGACACAACAGUGGUAGGCCUCAUUACCAACAACGAUGAGACAGACUACAGGGAGGAGGUGAGAGCCCUGGCGGAGUGGUGGCAGGAAAAUAACUGCUCCCUCAAAGUCAACAAAACGAAGGAGCUGAUCGUGGACUACAGGAGACAGCAGAGGGAACACGCCCACAUCCACAUCGCCGCAGUGGAGAGGGUUAAAAGCUUAAAGUUCCUCGGCAUGCACAUCACUGAGGACCUAAAAUGGUCCCUACAUACCGACAGUGUGGUGAAGAAGGCGCAACAUGGCCUCCCGAGUGGCGCAGCGGUCUAAGGCACUGCAUAACAGUGCUUGAGGCGACGCUACAGACCCGGGUUCGAUCCCAGGCUGUAUCACAACCGGCCGUCAGUGGGAGUCACAUAGGGUCAGGGGAGGGUUUGGCCGGGGGAGCUUUACUUGGCUCAUUGCGAUCUAGCGACUUCUUGUGGUGGGCCGGGCACCUGCAGGCUGACUUAUGUUGUCAGUUGAACAGUGUUUCCUCCGACACAUUGGUGCAGCUGGCUUACGGGUUAAGUGGGCGGGUGUUAUGGAGCGCAGUUUAGUGGGUCAUGUUUCGGAGGACGCAAGACUCGACCUUCGCCUCUCCUGAGCCUGUUGAGGAGUUGCAGCGAUGAGACAAGAUUGAAAAAGGGUGUAAAAUAUAAAAUAUAUAUAACUCAGGAGACUGAAGAAAUCUGUCUUGGCCCCUAAGACCCUCACGAACUUCUACAGAUGCACCAUUGAGAGCAUCCUGUCGGGCACAACAGCAUGGCUCUCCAGAGGGUGACGCGGUCAGCCCAACGCACCAUUGGGUGCACACUGUCUGCCCUCCAGGACACCUACAGCACCCGGGGGUCACAGGAAGGCCACGAAGAUCAUCAAGGACCUCAGCCACCCGAGCCACAGCCUGUUCACCCCGCUGCCACCCAGAAGGCGGGUACAGGUGCAUCAAAGCUGGGACCGAAAGACUAAUAAACAGCUUCUAUCUCCAGGCCGUCAGACUGUUAAACAGUCACCACUAGCUGGCCUCUGCCCAGUACCCUCCAGGCCGUCAGACUGUUAAACAGUCACCACUAGCCGGCCUCUGCCCAGUACCCAUCCAGGCCGUCAGACUGUUAAACAGUCACCACUAGCUGGCCUCCGCCCAGUACCCCUCCAGGCCGUCAGACUGUUAAACAGUCACCACUAGCUGGCCUCCGCCCAGUACCCCUCCAGGCCGUCAGACUGUUAAACAGUCACCACUAGCUGGCCUCCGCCCAGUACCCCUCCAGGCCGUCAGACUGUUAAACAGUCACCACUAGCUGGCCUCCGCCCAGUACCCCUCCAGGCCGUCAGACUGUUAAACACUCACCACUAGCUGGCCUCCGCCCAGUACCCCUCCAGGCCGUCAGACUGUUAAACAGUCACCACUAGCUGGCCUCUGCCCAGUACCCCUCCAGGCCGUCAGACUGUUAAACAGUCACCACUAGCUGGCCUCUGCCCAGUACCCAUCCAGGCCGUCAGACUGUUAAACAGUCACCACUAGCUGGCCUCCGCCCAGUACCCCUCCAGGCCGUCAGACUGUUAAACAGUCACCACUAGCUGGCCUCCGCCCAGUACCCCUCCAGGCCGUCAGACUGUUAAACAGUCACCACUAGCCGGCCUCUGCCCAGUACCCCUCCAGGCCGUCAGACUGUUAAACAGUCACCACUAGCCGGCCUCUGCCCAGUACCCCUCCAGGCCGUCAGACUGUUAAACACUCACCACUAGCUGGCCUCUGCCCAGUACCCCUCCAGGCCGUCAGACUGUUAAACACUCACCACUAGCUGGCCUCUGCCCAGUACCCCUCCAGGCCGUCAGACUGUUAAACACUCACCACUAGCUGGCCUCUGCCCAGUACCCCUCCAGGCCGUCAGACUGUUAAACAGUCACCACUAGCUGGCCUCUGCCCAGUACCCCUCCAGGCCGUCAGACUGUUAAACAGUCACCACUAGCUGGCCUCUGCCCAGUACCCCUCCAGGCCGUCAGACUGUUAAACAGUCACCAGUAGUCGGCCUCCGCCCAGUACCCUCCAGGCCGUCAGACUGUUAAACAGUCACCACUAGCUGGCCUCUGCCCAGUACCCUGCCCUGAAACUUAGUCACUGUUACUAGCCGGCUACCACCCGGUACUCUACCCUGCACCUUAGAGACUGCUGCCGUAUGUACAUAGGGGAACACUGGUUACUUUAAUAAUGUUUACAUAGCUCGUUCUGAUAUUUCUUAAUUCCUUUCUCUUUUUACUUUUUGGAUCGUGUGUGUAUUGUUGUGUAUUGCUACGUAUUACUGCACUGUUGGCGCUGGAAACACAGGCGUGUAUGCGACCAAUAAACUUUGAUUUGAUUUACUAAAGGGUGAUAUGUUGAUGUGUGGGAGAUGUAGUGAUUAGUAGUUCUCGGUGUGGUCGUCUAAGUAGUGAUACAAAGCGAAUGGAGGAGCUCUUCAACAGGAACCAACAGCUGAGAGAGCAGCAGAGGCUACUCACAGACAACAUCAAACAGCUGGAAAACAGGUGGGUGGGAGUGGGAGUGCACUGUAUGGGCAUGUAGCAAUGUGUCUGUGUGUGUUUUGGGUAUUUUAUGUGGCUCAGUUGGUAAAGCAUGGCACUUGUAAAGCCAUAAUUGUGGGUUCGAUUCCCGGGACCACCCAUAUGUAAAAUGUAUGCACGCAUGACUGUCUGUGGCUUUGGAUAAAAGCGCCUGCUAAAUGACAUAUAUAUUAUAUAAUUAUAGUAUUAUAUUAUUUUUAGUGUGUCUUUGUGUAUGCUGUUUUAAAGUAACUGUCCAGUGAAAAUCUCACUUUUAAAAGUUCAUAUUCUGUUAACUCAUACCCAAAUAAUGUUGCUGACUCGUCUUCUACUCGUAUUUGUAGCCAACGCAUAAAUUGGAGAAUAAAACACUUUAAAAAGGCCACCUCAAACUUGUAUCUCAAACAGGCCAUUUAAAGAAUGCUUGCAAUUAUUAUAGUUUUUUACUCUGCAUUGUUGAUAAAGGGCUCGCGAAUAAACAUUUCACGGUAAAGUCUACACCUGUUACAUUCGGUGCAUGUGACAAAUAAAAUUUGAUUUGAUUGGAUAUUUCCUCAUAGAGAAUGAUGUCAUCCUGCCUCAUUGGCUGAGCUGGCCAAUCAGCGGUCUACUCGUAUCAAUAUAUUUAAUGACCGGUAUACGCCCACAACAUUUCCAACACAGAACAUCUGCUUUUUAACAUAUUUUAAUUACCUUUUUGUUUUUAGGAAAAGUAUUUCACUCAAGUAUUUCACUGGACCGUUACUUUAACACCGGUGUGCCUCUAGCUCAAUGUGUGUCAGUGUUUGACCCCCGCUGACCUCUGUGCUGUAGGUUGAGGGCGGGGCUGUGUGACAGGUGUACUGUGACUCAGGAUGUGGCCAAGCGUCGGCAGCAGGAGUAUGAAACCGCUCAGAUCCAGAGCCUCCAUCACAUCGCCAUCCUGGGUAGCUAACAGCUAACACAUCACAUCAACCCCAUCCAGAGUGCGAAUUAUACCGUGACAUCUAGGGGAUCUCUAUUCUUUUUUUUUGACGGGACCUCCUUUGUGACCCAAAAAUGUUUAUGGACCUAAUUAUAGAGUUGUUGCUUAACGGUAUGUUUAAAAAAACAUUUGGGGGAAAAACCAGUCAUGAUAUUUUCAUGUUAUUGUCAAACAAACCACUCCAAAAAAAGUUCUGUGCAUCUUCGUCCCCUCCAAAAUAAUUCCAGCAUCCAAACAGAGAACUGUGUACUAGCACUACUGAUGAGACUCUGGGGUCCCCUUCGCCACAUGCCUCUCAAGCAUUGUGCAAAGAUCCAACUAUGCUCCCUGUUUUGUAGCUACAGUGCAGUACUUUAACAUUAGCCAUGGCCUGGGGGUAUUUUUUAUUUUGUAGCUGGAGAGAUGAACACAAUGAAAAAGGAGAACCAGAGGCUGCGAGAGGAAGUCCGGCGUCUGAGAGGGGCACUAGAGUAAGUUAUGUAUUUCUUACUACAUGUGAGUCUGUGUUUUUGAUUACCUGUGAUUUUAUCUUGAGUGUUGGGAGCGUAAACAUACUUGUCAUUUCAGAGGUCAGAGUGGACAUUCCUCCUCCCAGGAUGCAACUCCAGAGGUCAGACAGUCUGCUGACCUUUCACCUUCUGCUAUGCCACACAUCCCUACAGCCAUCAGGUCUAUUAACCAGCCACCAGUGGGCGCCACUGCAGGGCUGUCCAUAGUGAAGACUGAGACGGACCACAGCCUUUAUUUUGGAGCUGACGGUGAGAGGAAAGAAAAUACUUUUCGUCGUGAACCUAAAGGAUUUACAGUCAUUUAAUGAUAACUCAUCAUCAUCAUCACCAGUAUAAUCAUCAGGAUUUAUUUUCUUCUUGUCUUUUUGAGAAAACAGAGACAGUACCUGAACGUAGACACGUGAGGGGAUGGAAUGGAAAACAAUCCUUUGUAAACAAUUUUGUUUGUCUAUAAGAAAUCGUUAACUAAAAAUAUCUAUCAAUAUAUCACAGGUCAAAAUGUCCUCUCUCAGCUACCGUCUCUCUUUUUAUCUCACACAGGUAUCCCAUAAGCCCCUAUCCAUGUCCAAUCCCAUCACAUCCACGAGGCCCAGAGCACAGUACCGCCUGAGGCAAACAAACCAUAAGGGGCAGAAGAGGGAGCAGCAGUGAGGAAGAGAACACGCAAUAAGAAAAGGAAAAACAGCCACAUAGGGAGAAAGAGCGAGUAGAAACCCCCGGAGGCAAAGAACAAGCGAGGGAGAAGAAAUGAGAUAAAUGAGACAGUGAGCCCCGCCGUUUAAAAUUGAACCUCCAACGAGGGAAAGUCCAGUCCCCCCCAAGUGAAACACCUUACUAUUCUGCCUCCAGAAAGCAAAUACGCAGAGUAGGGUGACCUAACGAGAGGAGAGGGAAACUAGUAAAAGGAGACAGCCAGCAGGUAAAGAGAACGGGUCAACACCAGUAUCAGUUGAUUAAAAAGUAAAAGCACGAAGGAAAGUAAGCAACCUUGCACAGCUUGAUACCCAAAGAGAACAUUACGAAAAUCGUGGGUGCCAAGCGAUGGAGAAGACGAGUGCUAACGACGAGAAGCAGGAAAACACCCACGAGAGAGAGGGAAAGAGGCAGCGCCCAAAAAGAAGAACACGCGCGCAGCAGCGCGGAAAUGAGAUAAGAGGACAAGAUAAGAGACAGGACGGAGGCGUGGCAAACGAGUGAGGCACAGCACGCUCGGCAAGAGCCGCAGACGAAGGAGGCGCGGAAAACGACAGACAGAGCGGCCAGCGGCAGAGACCCACAAGAAAGAGAAGAGGGCUACCAGAGAGAAGAGCAAAAGCAAAGCGGACAGAGAGAAAGAGAGAGGAGAAAGACACCGAGAGCAGAGAACACCAGCCCGCGCCGAGUAGGAACGAGAGAAGAGGCAACCAGCAAGAGAGGCACGAGAGAAGCGGCACCAGAAAGAGCAGAGAGGAAGAUCAGAGAGUGACCGCGAGACGCGGCACGCACAGAGCCGCGCGGAAAGAGAAGACGCGGCACACAGCAACGAGUCAAGAGGCCCCAGCCGAGCCGUAGAUGCCCGACGCGCAGAGGCCCACAGCAAGCGUAGGCCCGCGCCAGCGGCACAGACGUAUGCAGAGCGGAAAGAGCGGCUCGGCCCCAGCCACUAGCUGCCCGAUACGAGACGGACGGAGGGGAGCGGAAAAAAGUAACUUCAUUCAAGCUCAUAUCGUCCCUCUUCUCGUUCUAGCCCAAGCCCAUCUUCUCCUCUCCCAUUCCCUCUCUCCUCUUCCCCCUUCCCUCUCUCCUCUCCUCUUAGAGCCCAUAGUGUGGAAUUGGUUGGCCAGCAGCGCUCCCCUGUCGCUCCCUCCAUUCCCCACCACCUGCUUGUCCAAAAGAACAACCCUCUCCCUUCCUCCUCCUCCUCAUCCUCCUCAUCCACCUCUUCCUCUCUACCUGGAGAUGGGAAGCACAGCCGUCACCUGGUCCAUGCUCCGUUCCCCUACCGGCCGCGCCCCAUCAAGAGUACCCGUCUCUCCCUCCCCUGGCCCAUGCCGGAGCACUCUGACUGGGUCACCCUGGCCACCUCUGUGGACGAGUGCUUGGUGUCCCACCCCAACCCUAACCCCAACCUUCCACACUUCCCCAACCUCCAGACCUUGGUCCAGCAGAGCAGCAGCACUGGGCAAGCCUGGCCCAAGCCCAGCCACCCUCACCAAGCCAGCCUGACUAGGAGUUUGUCAGCUGAGCAUGGGGAGAGACCAACAGCAUGGGUCCAGGACCAUGACAUGCGGGAGGCGCCGCUCUCAUGGAGGGAGGUGGUUGUGCAGCCAGAGAGGGUGUUUGGGGAGUGUCUGAAAGAGGCUGACGCUCCUCUGGACCUGUCUGAUCUUGGGAGGUCCAAAAGCAGUAAGUCACUACAGGACAGCAAGCCCAGCCCCAAGCUGCAGGACGUAGAAGGACAGACAUCUAACAGGGCAACCAGGACAGACUCCUCGCCACAGAGCCAGGCCUGUCCCCCCUCUUCCUCAUCCUCCUCUUCCUCCCCACCUGCUCUUCCCUCAUCCUCCUCUUCUACACGUCCCACCAGCCAACAGAGGCAAAGCCCCAGCAACCACAACCUCAAGGUGCUCUACUGGACCCUGCAUAUAUCAAUUAGCAUGUGAAAUAGACAUACCAUACACACAUGUGAUUUAGUCAUGUAAUAUGUCUAACCCCAUCCACAGGAGGAAGAGCAGUCAGAGAAGGAGGAAGCUGAGGGGAAAAUAGAUCAAAGGACAGGAAAGGACUCUGAGGACAGGAAAGUCCCUGUUCUGACCAUCUCACUGCGUCCAGGUACAGGACACCACGACAAAGCUAUGUGUACAGGUACAAGGGCAUGUACAGGUGUGUCCAUGCGUGUGUUAAUAUGUUCAUUGAUGUUUAUCUGUCAUUACAGUGGUGCUCCUUGAGGCUCUGAAUUCUGGAUUGCAGAAGCAACUUUUCUCCAACGGCAAGGCAAGCGUCUACUCUCCCUAUAUGUUCACAGUGUAUAAACUGAAACUGAUCUGAGGUCAUUUACAGUUAGUGUCAUGUCAUUGUUGGACAUUUACAGUCAGGGAGCAGCUCAGACCACCAGGAAGUGGAGGGCAGUCUGUCUGAGUCUGUGACAAGCCAGAGAUCAAAGAGGACUGGGCUGGACACAGACAAAGAG